AGCAAUAAAAUAAAAUAUUUCUGUGAGUGCCGUGAGUUCCGUUUAUAAACACAAAAUAAAGGAGGUACAGGGUUGUGCAGUCCUUAUAUGACACUAACCCUGAAACAUUAAAGAGAGAAAUGUGUGCUUGUGCUCCCUGAGGCCACACCCCCUCUUUCCGUCAUUACAGCAGUGUGAGUGUGUCUCACUCUGUGUGCUUGGCUCCGGUACACUCAUAUAUAUAUAUAUAUAUACAGGAGCGUCACCUCGCCAUCCAGCUACCUGUCACGUUAGGCCGAGACUCACCUGACCCUGGCCCGCGGAAGGAGGCAAGAUACCAGAUAACGGGACCCAGAGAAGUGUGUGUCUCAUAGCAGGCUUGUGAAAAUGUUCCUGUGGGUCGCCCUGCUGAUGUCUCACUGUUGUUCGGGUCUGGAUGGAGCUGCAGCCGACCAAACGGGAUUGGAGCGGAUAGAGGAAUGUGGUACCAGGUGUUCUCAGGGCCUCCAGUGCAAGACCAAGCCCAACAAUUGGUUUCCUCCUCCGUGUCAAAACCCAGCUGAAGGUGUGAACCGCUCCUCUGUGUUCCACAACGUCGACCUCUCCACCGUCAUGCGCUGUGAGGGGAGGCAGAAGUGCUCUCUGCACCUCAGAGUCAAGACCGCAAUCAAACUUACUGAGUCCAUCCAUGGUUUGUCCGUCUGCACCGUCACCGCGGGGAUGAUGGCCAACUGCCAAAUGUUCAGCUUCAGAAGAGGGUCGAGACACCGACUCUCUGGGCUAAAGGUCGAAGUUGAGAAUGAUUGCACUGACAUUUCUCCACGGCAACGUGUGCAAGUAACAGUGGAAACAGUGCCGAGCUACUGCGACGUAACCUGGACAGGAACAUACGAAGCUCCAGAUUGCCUCAGUGAAGAUUUGCGCAGGCAUGUCCCAGAAUGCAUCACUGGGCGGCUAUCAUAUGAUGUCAACCCAAAGAGGAAGGAGCUGAAAGUCAGUGCGUCGGACACGUUGGAGGAUCACGACUACCACCUCCGUCUGUGCCACAAGGAUUUCAUCUGCGCUGGCACAGGGGCCUAUAAACUGAUAAAGAAGGGGGAACGUGUCAAGAGUGCCAUUCUUCCGUACUCCCGACCUUUGCCCUGCCUCUGCAUCGAGGGGUGGUCGGCUGUGAUGGAUGCCUCGAGAGUUCAGAUCUGCCCGUUUGAACACCGCCUCGAAGAGCUGUGGUCUGGAAUUAACUUUGAUCCCAUCGAAGAGACGCUGUCAUGGGAGCCCAUCUGCCCCGUGACUGCCACGGUUGGCUUGUGUCAGAAAAGGGCCGACGGCGCCUGUGUGGAUCUGCUUCACGGCUCACAGAAUGUUAGCAGGAAAAAGAUUACAUUUACUAAAGUGGAUCCACACCCCCAGCUGUGCAUGAAGUUCACUGUAGGCCAUCAGUCCUGGACCAGGUGCCCCUUUGCCGACGCCAGAUUCCAAGCAUGGGAGGUGGUUGUGUCGGGACAACAGGGUCAGGAAGCCGUAAAGGUGUUGUCCCAGGUCCCUGCAACGUUUUCUGUGGGGCUGUGUGUGGCGCCUGAAGGCUUGACUUCGUGCCAGAUCACCCACACGUACACCCUGCACGUGGAGGAACAUAAUCCUGUUGGCUUAAACCUGAAAGGGGAGCCAUGCAACUCUUGUUUCCAGGUGGAGAGGCUCGACGUGACGUUUGCUGCCACAGUCACUCACUGUCUUGAGCAAUGCAAUCAAACAGAGGCCCGUGGACCUGUCAUUACCAGUCGAGUGCCUUGGGAUUCAAGUUGGGUCAUUUUACCCCUUGCAGUCAUCCUCUUUGGUGUCAUCAUUUUCACUCUGGCGCUCCACGUACUUUUAACCGUUUAUCAAAAGCGGAAACAAAACAUGACUGGAGGAUGUGUCUCUGAAAAGAGAACAGAUCCUGAUUCUUACUGUGCAGUCAUUUUAUUAAAACCUCAACCUCCUGUACAUGGAGGGUUCCUCAUCCCAGAUUCUCCACAGUGUGGGAACACUGAGGAGGCCAACUUAAUCUCUUAAUGACUAAAGAACCAAAGAGCUUUUUUCAAAGGCAUUACUUGUAAUGUGCAGUGUAAAGACCAAAUUAGGUCUAGUAAAAGGUUUGCAGAGAUAUUACAAAUGCUCAGUUAGACAGACCAUUUUUGACUGAUUUGUGUACUUGUUAUAGUUAACAGCUGUUGUUAUUCUGUCAAUGUUGUCUGUUUGGGUCAAAGUUAAUGUGUAUAUUACUUUUACUUUGA